CUACGGCGACAGACAGGAAGUGGUGAUGGAGCCUGGCACGAGGACUAUGCACGUGCUGUGGGUCGUCUGCUGUCUCCUGGUCCUCCUCGCCAUGCACGUUAUGGCGUACCCCACAGGAGAAUUUGGCGAAAGUGACUCCCUCUCUUACUCCCCUUCAUACGACUUCAUCGACGAAUACCUCCGCCACAAUGACGAGGAGCUCACACCGAGCGACUCCGAACUCGGGGAUCUGAUCUGGGACCUACUGUAUCGCCCUAAUGCCCAGACCCUCCCCUGGAAGAGGAACGCCCCGGGAAUUAGGCGACGACAAAGCUUGGAUGUCGACAACGGAAGACACCAUAAAAGACAACAAGGCUGGUACACAGACUAUGGCAAACGGCAACAGGGGUGGCACUCUGAUUAUGGUAAACGGCAACAGGGAUGGCACUCUGAUUACGGCAAACGGCAACAGGGGUGGCACUCCGAUUAUGGCAAACGGCAACAGGGAUGGCACUCUGAUUACGGCAAACGGCAACAGGGAUGGCACUCUGAUUACGGCAAACGGCAACAGGGGUGGCACUCUGAUUACGGCAAACGGCAACAGGGAUGGCACUCUGAUUACGGCAAACGGCAACAGGGAUGGCACUCCGAUUAUGGCAAACGGCAACAGGGGUGGCCCUUCGAUUACGGCAAAAUUCAGGCUGGCAUGCCGCUCGAAAUGCAGACAAUGAUGGCACUCUGCCUAUGGAGACGUAUCUCUGAACGACAUCUACAAUACGCUGUCCCAGGGCUGGCGUCCAGCUUACCGGAAACGUCAACAGGGCUGGCACGUGGAUUAUGGUAAGAGAAGCAAGAAUGUUGACGACGUCACGUGGGACGAUAGACCUCUAGAACACUAUGAAAGUCUUGGAAGACCUUUGGACCUUCAGCCUUAUACCCCGAAUUUUGCUACCCAAAAUGAGCCUAAUGCCGAUAUGCAGGACGAGUCUUCUGGAUAUGAAGAUCUAGAGCAGGAGAUAAGGAGACGACAGCUAAGUGUGGGCCCCGAACAAGAUGGAUUUACGAGUUAAAACGCCAGCAAAGUUGGCACCCUCCCUAUGACAAGCGGACCUGUUCGUGGCUCACACUGUGCAGCUCCUGAUGAAACUCCUGGGAAGUGUUGAGGACAACAUUGUCCUAGACUGCGUGUAAAGGGAGACGUGGGUGCGGCUGGUGGUGGCAUGGGUGGGGCUGGGGAAAUGAGGGAGGGGGUGUGGAUUCAAGAGGGAAGGGGUUCCAUAGGGAAGGGAGAGGAUUCAUGAGGAAAUGGUAUGGAUUUAACAGGGAAGGGUAUUGAUUUAACAGGGAAGGGCAGGGGUUUAACAGGGAAGGGUAUGGUUUAACAGGGAAGGGUAGGGACUCAACAGGGAAGGGUAUGAUUUAACAGGGAAAGGUAUAGAUUUAACAGGGAAGGGUAUGAUUUAACAGGGAAAGGUAUAGAUUUAACAGAGAAGGAUAUGAUUUGACAGGGAAAAGUAUAGAUUUAACAGGGAAGGGUAUAGAUUUAACAGGGAAGGGUAGGGAUUUAACAGGGAAAGGUAUAGACACAACAGGAACAACAGAUAUUGACUAGAUCACUGUGUGAAAUUCUUUACUGUGAUCUAUACUACCUGUGUUAGCCAGUGAACAUCUACUAGUGAACAUCAAUCAGUGAACAUCUACCAAUGGACGUCCAGUACGACUUUAAGGAGAGAGAAAUGUGAUUCCUGGAACUAUUACCACAGAACGUUUCGUCAUAUCCGAACCAAAUUUCAUAAACUUCAACUUGUCCAAUCUUAACUUAUUGUACACAUAUCUUGUGACGACACAUUUGGUACUGUGUCAGUCCAGCGUCCUUUAUUUUUUUCAUAAAACUGCCAUUGACGUGUAGGUGUAUACAUCAGACUUCUUUUACAUCAAUAGAUUUUAUUGCAAACUCUG